AUGCGCACUUUACCGUGCCUCGGUCGGCUGGUUGUUCGCAGCGCCUGCUGGGAAAUGAGAGUUGCCUCCUGGCGGGCUGGCGUCCGCGGCUCCGCCUCUUUUGCCGCACUCUGCUGCGCCACACGACCGAACUCGUCAAGUGCAACACACAACCGUAGUGGCGCCGCCGGGGAAACUGCUUACACGGCGGGAAGCGGUGUACACGUUGAGCAUCCGAUUGUACAGCUUCCUGCGCGUUCGUUGUGGUGUAAGCAGUACCCGCUGGAUCCUGCGCUGGUCCGCACUGGCGAGUUUGCGGAGAUGAUUGAGCGGGUACGGGCGGCGCGCCACUACUAUCAGUACCCAUCCCUCUGUGCCCCGCAGAUUGGGUGGAAUGUGCAGAUGUUUACCCUCUUUGACGGCACCGUCUUUAUCAACCCCGUCAAUGUUGACGUGCUGGAGGAAGAGGAGGCAGCUGGUCGUGGCGGAGGGCCGGUGGUCGAGGCUGAGGCGCGGUGGGUGGCGCGCUGCCGCCAAGAAGGGAAGACGUGUUUUGCCUGGGAGCCCUGUGCGAGCUGCUGCUUCCUCAUGCAUUACAUUGAGCGACCGGCCACCGUGCGGCUGCGGGCUAUUGGGGCGGACGGGCGCCCCUUCGAGGUGACCCUCGACAAGGUGCGGGCGCGCAUGGCGCUGCACGAGCUGGACCACCUCGGCGGCGUCCUCUUCACCCGCCGCAUCCCCGACACGAACCACGUGGUCCCCCUGGAGGGGUUCAGCACGAUGAGCGACUGGGCAGACGACUACCCGUCGCUGGAGGCGCGCAGCACGUACCUGUACACCACCUACACCCCGCCCUACACCUUUCUCACAGACAACGUCGAGGAUGCGCAGCUGCUCGAUCGAAAGUUCGAGGACGGCAUUUACCCGGGGUGCGAGCACGACCGCCGCAUGCGAAUCGAGAGCGCCGCAUUCGAGGAACUGCAGCGAGCGCAGUGGAGGAUGGAGAAGACCCGCGGCGACGAGGACGACCCCAGCCAAUGCAUGCGUGACACCGCGGGCGACCAGCAACACCAGGAAGACGCAGAAGAUGAAGAGGGUGGUCCUGAAGUGAAGGGCACGGCGUAG